AUGUUGACAGUGUCCGGCGACUCAUCGCUGCGUUGAAGGCGACCGAAUCACCCGUUGACUCUCGAACUGUUUCAUUGUGUGUGGCGACCUUCAAAAAGUGGGCAAUCCCCUGCGAUGACUUGAAAGCGGUCUAG